GAUCAACAACUGUGUGGGAAUGGGCUCACUUUAAUCACAGGAUAAUGAUAAUUACCGAUUGAUAUUAUCAGAUAUGUUAUGUUCCCCACUCUCAAACAAAACACGAAUGUUAUCUCAUGGCAAACUACCGAAUUUUAAAGUUUAUUAAGAGAAAUUAUAUACAGAAAUAGUGCCUCCUGGGUAUUGGAACGGCCUCAAACUCUACCACAUGGGUAAUGCAUCCCGUGGGACGCCCCAAUGCUCCGAAAACACUUCCGAAGGACCAUCCUCUGACGGGAAUGGAUUUCACCAUCGACCCAAGGGAGUUGGCAACACUGAUGCGUGAGGCUGUGAAGAGUCGGAUCGAGUUCGAUGAAACUGCGCUGAGCAGCGGAAACCACACUCUCUGCGCCGGCCAGAAAGCUGUCAUUCACUCUGAAAACUUCCCUAAGAGGUACCCCAAGAAUCACAGGAGUUCCUGGGUCAUUGAGGCAACAUCAACAGCAUCCACGAUAUCGAUUUUCUGCACCACCUUCAUCCUGACGAAGACCAAGCCCUGCAGAGGGACUUACCUCGAACUCAUUGGUGGAGACCUCAACGAACGGUUCUGCGGGAAGAGAAAUGGCCUCCUCCAACAUAGCACAACAAACGUCCUGGAGAUCAACUUCCGAACUCACAAGAAGAAGAGCCCGAGAGAUGGCUUCUGGUGCAUCGUCUCAGCUUCAGAAGUUAUGACUACAACCACCGGGGCCCCAGAAUCUACAACUGCUACCUCUGAAGCAUCAGAGGCUACAACCACCACUGCCCCAGAAACCCAAGCACAAACUACAGCGUCCCCAGAAACUACAGAACCAACUACAGCCUCCCCAGAAACCCAAGAGCCUACGGCUACCUCCAAUUUGAUAGCAACAGGCCCAGAACCUAGUUGUCGUCCUUGUGGAACUGUCAACCGAGCAACCCGCCUCACCUACGAUGGAGUGACCGAAGUCAAUGAAUACCCUUGGCAUGUGGCGCUCGUUUACCCCGCCACAAACGAACCAUUCUGCGGUGGAGCUCUUUACAACGAUCUGUUCGUUAUAACAACUGCAGCGUGUGCUAUGAUGGUCGCAUCUUUGAGAAACGGAGCAGAGGUCCUCCUUGGCUCCCACAACCUUCAUCACCCAACACCCACCCUGCAGAGAAUACCAGUUGAAAGCGCUGCCUAUCAUCCAGAGUUCAAUUACGAAGACUGGAACCACGACGCUGGAAUUCUGCUUCUCUCCAGACGGGCACAGCUAAAUUACUGGGUCAAACCUCCCUGUCUUCCCGACCCUUACGAAACUUACGAUAAUGUUGAGGCUGUUCUCACUGGUUAUUCAGGGAAUAUCACAGCUACUCCAUACGAAGUUGGAAGGAGGAUCUUAUCAAGACAACAGUGCACCCAAAUGUUUGGUACAUACGCGACACCUGAUAAGGUUUGCGCCAUGAACCCAGAAGGCGGAUAUGAUAUGCAUUAUAUCGGCAUGGGUAGCCCGUUAGCCAUGGAAGAAGAAGAUGGUAGAUGGGUUCUCAUUGGUCUGUCUUCUCUUGAGCCAAUGGUGCUCUUCACCAGCUUGGCUCAGUAUUUGGAAGAUCUUGAAAAGCUAACAACGGAUGGAACGAAUGGCCUGUGUGAUGGCAACACUGAGCAAUCUACUACCUCCACACAGAGGACCACCACCACACCUGCACCAACCACAGCUGGAACUGGAUCUCCCACAGUGGACUGUAAGUGUGGACGCAUAAACUCAGUCAACAGGAUCGUAGGAGGAGUCGAGACCGGUGUCCACGAAUACCCCUGGCAAGUGGCCAUCACUGGUGCCUCCAGCAAUGUUCCAUUUUGUGGAGGUUCCAUCAUCGCUGACCAGUGGAUCCUAACUGCUGCUCACUGCGUUUCAGAUGCUCGGCCUAGGAACAUUAAAGUCGUGAUCGGCGAACAUAACUGGAGCAACCAGACGGAGACUUAUGUAACUGAGAGGAGAGACGUCGGAAGGAUCGUCGUCCACUUCGGUUACAACUCGACCAACUUAGAUAAUGACGUUGCUUUGCUGAAACUGACCACACCAAUUGCUUUCUCGCCCGACAACAAAGUCGCCCCUGUCUGCAUGCCGAUCGCUGGCGAAUGGUACAGGGAAGUGAUCGCUACGGUUACCGGAUGGGGGGUUCUCUCCCAAGGCGGUUCUCAGCCUUAUGUGCUACAUGAAGUGGACGUCUCGACUAUGCCGAACUUCAAGUGCCAGACAUUCUACGGCGAUGCUCCCAUUACGAGGAAUAUGAUCUGCGCCGGUGUCGAGGAAGGCGGACAGGAUUCUUGCCAGAAUGAUUCAGGCGGCCCUAUGGUUACUGCUGGAGACGAAGCAGAGACUCACGUAGUCCAGAUCGGCGUGGUGUCCUGGGGCAACGGUUGUGCCCAACCACAAUACCCUGGGGUAUACGCCCGUGUAACCAGAUAUCUCCGAUGGAUCAGGCGAGUUACCAGCGGUUCUCUCGUGUGUCCUGUGGCGUAGAUUUCCGACUGAUUCAAUGAUGUUACUUUCUACAAGAUAUAUAAUAAUAAUAAAAAAACAAGCUAGACUCAUUUAUACAAUCACUUGUGUAAAUACUCUCUGGGGUUAAAAACUGGUUGUGGUAUAAGAAUUUUUCCGUCA